AUGGUUCUGGAUGUAGACUCUCGUCCAUCUGGCCUGGGUUCGUAUACCAAAUGGCGACCACACUUCGAGCAACGCCUGGACACCAUAACGGCAGCCCAGCCUCAAUCAUACGGGUUACUUCCGCCCUCUCCACCAUCGUCCACGGCAAAACGAUCAAAGCCGCAAAUCAAAGGCACUGGCGUCGAGAAUGCUCUGCAUGGCCACCUGAGCAAGACCUUUGACAUAGUUUCAGGUCAUAAUUCCACGCCCACUGUACAUGAGGGGUUGCUCUAUACUUCCCCGACUGUUGUUAGUCGUCCAGACGGCAAUAUGUCUACUUCACCCUCGGUCUUCCAGGAGGAUCGAGCUGAAGUAUGCACCAGCCAAAGCCACCCAAGCCAUCAGCCUUCGUUACUAGACACCGUCAUUGCCACCACACCACAGGGUCUAUAUUCAACUAUCCAAUCUGUCGAGCCCCACAGAAAUUCACUAUUACAGAAGCGCGUUCGUGCCUCCCAUGAUGUUGAUGGACCCCAUACUGGCCAUCUCCCUUGCAAGAAACGCCGCUUGCGUCUCCAGCUCAUCACUUCUAGACUUUCCCUGCCAUUCUCCCUGCCCGCAACGCAUAUAUUGAAUCGCGAGUCCGACGAAGAUACUCCCGUGAUCUCCAGGUUCGUCAAGUAUGCAGCGCUGGCUGCAAAGAGAGCCGGCCAUCAAACAGCUUUGGUACGGAAAGCUGCCAUAAUGAACCGUGUACGGCUGACUGCCAGGAAGGCGGCGAUCAACAGAGGGCUUGAGCGGCUGUGGAAAAUGACUGGAAUGGGGAGCAUGUCUCAUGGGUUCCAGUUGGUUACCGACAGUACCGGUGCAAUGUUUCCUGGCCGUUCAGGUGAACAGGUUCCGGGACCCAUAGUGCCUCGUGCCUGGCGGCCGCAUACAACCACGACAAUAGUGGACAACUCGACGGGGUCAACCAUGACUCAAUUCAGUGAGGUCCACGACUCAAACGUUUCGCGUCUGGACCCGGUACAGCAUCCCACAAUAGCAGAGCAUGCUCCAAUGGCUACUUCCAUCAUGACACCGCUGGCCGGGGCAGACGAGGAUGAGGCUUCCUUCCCAACAUCCGACCUCGACAGAUAUGCAGAGAUAAGUGAUGAAGAGCUGGAUGAUGUAUACGCAGAUUUUGGGGUCCUCUUCGGCGGUGGUGCUGGCUCUCCAGAAACAUCGGAAGACGAUGGCCACUUCUACGAGGAGUACCUCGAUGAGGUAGACGGCAUUAUAUGGGCAUCUUAG